CUAAAUUUAUAGAAAUUGUACGAAAACGAGCGAUCGAGCGAAUGCGUGUGAACACGGAGCGAUGUGAAAAUUCUUCAAUUUAAUAAAUAAAUUGUACGAAAAACGUGAAUUUUUUUAUAAAUCAUUUAUUUCGCCUGAAGUGAGUGUAGUAUCUAUAAAAUAUUUUCAAGAUAAUUUGUGCAUUUCACCCUGGAGUGCGGGUGCAAUUGUGAGCUUUGAAAAAAUAGUGCCGCUGUCAAUAUCAAAGUUUAACAAUAUCACUGUGGAAAACUCGCUACUGGUUGACUGGCUGGCUGUCUAACUGGCCGAGUGACGUAUAGUACGUGAAGAAAACUCGUCCGUGGUCAUACUCAAGGAGAAAUAGCCAGCAAUCCAGUAAUGUGAAAUUUCGAAAAAAAAAUGUUCAUAAAUACCAUUUUAUAAUUUUAUAUGUAUAUCAACUACUGCCAGCCAAUUUUGUCGAUUUAAGCAUAGAGCUAGACAAUGGAAGGCGUAGACGUGUGCUAAACUAGUGGGAAAAUUCAAUAGGCAAUAGGAAAAAAUGGCAUUUGGAAGAAGCGUAUUAUUAGCCAUGAAACGCAAGGGCGUUGAGCGGCAAUGGCAAAAUGCAUGAAAGUAUAAUAAAAAAUGUGUAGUUAAACCGAAAGUGGUGGUAUAGUGUAAAAUUGAAAAAGCUGUAAUGAAAAUUUUUAAAUAAAAGCUUUAAAGUUAUAUACAAGAAAACGUUCACAAGACGUCAGCCAAAAUAAAAAAGUAAAUAAAAAACAUAAAGCAAAGUAAAAACCCCGACAACCAGCGAUUGGUGUCCGACAAUUGUUAAACGGCCGUGACGGUACGCGUGGUGUGCAUAAAAUUGCAAGCGGCGGGGUGACGGUGACGGUGAAGUGUACAUUAUCUGCAAUACUGUGCGAUGCGAUUGAAGGUGAAUGAGAUGGGUUUUGUGUGUAAAUAAAAGUGUACAAUAGUGUACAACUACGUAACCACAUCAAUGCAAUUUCUUCUAUUUCAUCGAAAAAGUAAACAAAUUACAAAAUUCGUCAAAAAAAUAAUCGACUAAUUGAGAUGUAGUAGUUCUACGUACAAAUGCAUAUGCAAUUCAUUAUCAUUACUACUGACCCGACUCUAUGUCUCAUAUACAUAUGUAUCUGCUCACUUCUAUGGCAAAAAUUGUAAAUAACUAACUACUACCAUCACAUAUAAAGUACUUUGUUAAGUGGCCCAUCAUACACUUGGUUGCUGCCAUUUAAUUAGAUAUCUUUAUACAAUUUUGUGCUUCCUCAUAUUCUGCUAUUUUGGACUGUCGCUCUACUAUCAACAGCUGUUACCUCAUAUCUUGUUUAUAUAUACAAUUUAAUACGGUUGUCUAGAGCAAUUGAAAAAAAAGUAAUUAAGUAAAGCGUGAGGAAGUUUUAAUAAUUUGACUAGAUUGGUAACAGUAUGCCCAAAUGCGACAUGAAGACUCGCUACAUUCCUGCUACAUUUGCCUGGAUUCUACUGUUAUCCACAACGUUCCUGUUCUUCUUCUAUCCCUGCCAAUAUUAUUUGAAAAGCCAUCCAUGGGUACCAGCAUAUCAGGGUGUCAUCACAUUCUUCGUUUUGGCCAAUUUCUCAUUAGCAACAUUCAUGGAUCCCGGUGUCAUACCAAAAGCAUCACCAGAUGAGGACCGAGAGGAGGAAUUUCGCGCUCCACUUUAUAAAAAUGCUGAAAUCAAUGGCAUCACCGUUAAAAUGAAAUGGUGUGUCACAUGUAAAUUCUAUCGUCCGCCACGUUGUUCACAUUGUUCUGUAUGCAAUCAUUGCAUAGAAACAUUCGAUCAUCAUUGCCCUUGGGUGAACAAUUGCAUUGGACGGCGCAAUUAUCGUUUCUUUUUCUUCUUCCUGGUUUCAUUAUCAAUACACAUGUUGAGCAUAUUCUCAUUAUGCUUAUUUUAUAUAUUGAAGAUAACACCAAACAUCAGAGACACACCGCCCAUAGUAGCUAUGGUGCUGAUGGCCAUUGUUAUAAUCCUAGCGAUUCCGAUUUUUGGUCUUACCGGCUUUCAUAUGGUGCUCGUGUCACGUGGGCGCACAACAAACGAACAGGUCACAGGCAAAUUUAAAGGUGGCUACAAUCCAUUCUCACGUGGCUGCUGGCACAAUUGCUGCUACACACAAUGUGGACCACAAUAUCCAAGUCUUCUUAAGCCAGAAAAGUAUGCAGCUCGUCGUUCACACAAAGAUGGUCAGGGCAUAAGUGUUAUCACCACCGAACGGCGCACCAAUCAACAGGGCGGCAGUAUGCGAGGCAACAAUACACCUGCCAAUGUGCCGCGUUCACCACGCGAAACGCUGAAAAACUAUUACGAUAGGGAUAAUCGACACACUCAGGUAAAGACUUAUACGGACCAGGGCAAUGGUUAUAAUCAACGGUCGGGCAGCACAACGCUUUAUAGUAAGUUGUCACCCGGCCGUGAAUGUUCCGACACCGAUAUGGAGCCGCAGGCGUCGCAAAGUCAAGAUUGUGAGCCCACACCACCACUGCAACGACACAAUUCGACAAAUUUCUACCUGCCACAAGUGGAGGCAGGCGUAAGCAAUUUAAAUAACGGUGCCAUAGUGACUGGUGCGAGCGCAAUGAUGCCCAAUGCGGGUGCUGGUGGUGGUGGUGGUGGUGGCGGCGGCGGCGGUGAUUCGCCACGUCAUAUGCGCAUGUAUCAUCCGCGACACAGUCCACUGACGCGUCAACGCGGCCUGGAGCCACAACGCGGCUAUAAUCCCGCUGAUCCACUCUCGCCCGAUCAUCCCGCACAUCCGAGCAAUCAAGCGGGCGCACAACAGCAGCAACGCAGUGGGACAACUGCAACGCCGACGAUGCAGCAACGAAUAAAACCAUUGGGUGUGGCGACACCACUGGUGAUGGCAAGUCCAGUAAGAAGAUCCAAUCCUGGUACGCCCACCCAACCAAGACGACCCGAUUUUAUUGGUCUGAAUAUACAGCAGCAGCAACAACAGCAGCCGCCGUCACAGACCUAUUACGAGUAUACGACCGGCUUACCGCCGCAACAUCCACAACCGCCUACCAUACAACAACAACAGCAACAAUUAUUAAUGCAACAGCAACAACAACAGCAGCAGCAACGUGCCAUGAUGCAACAGCAUCAACAACAACAACAGCAGCAGCAGCAACAACAACAACAGCAGCAAUUACAACAAGUACCGCUUACACAUCACCAGCAACAGGUGCUGGCCCAACAGAGCUACGGCGGUAGCCCUCAACGCCGUUUCCUCUCCGAAGGUGAACUAGUACGCCAGGGCACCAGUGAGCUUUCGUAUGCGCGCUCCAACAACACAGUGGACAAUAUACGCGAAUUGGCUGGUAGUCCACAACGCGGUGUCUACAUGUGGAAGGACACAUCACCCGGUUUCAGUAGCAGCAGCGGCAGUGCCAGCGGUGGUGGUGGUUGUGGCGGUGUUGUCGGUAUUGGCAUACCACCUUCCUCCAUGAGUAUCGGCAGCAGUGCCGGUGGCACCAUGGGCAAUAGUAUACAUCACGCGCAGUAUAUCACAGUUGGUGGCGGUAGUGGUCAAUCGCAUCCAUUGAUAAUGACACAUUCACGCAUGCAUCAGCCUGGCGAAUAUAUGCCGGCAACACAGCAGCAGCAACAGCAACAAUAUCGCUCCAAUCCAACCAGUCCCACAACAAUGCCGCCCACUUCGUCAACCAGCGCACCAACAUAUAUGAUGCGUUACGGUGUUGGCGGCAAUCCCGUUGCAUCACAACCCAACAACUAUGCGCACACAACAUCACAGGCGAUGACGAAUACAACCGUUGGUGGUUAUCAGCCACAAUUACGUGGCGGUGUCGCCGUCUUUCCACCCAAUCCAAGUGGGUCUGGCGUCGGCGCAGGUGUUGUAAGUCAAUUGCAGACACAGCCAUCGCCUCAAGUGAAACGAAAACAAACACCAACACGUCCAAUGUCAUUUGUGCGCGCACUCGAAAUGACUGAUUCCAUGGAGAUGCAAACGUUGGAACAACAACAACAACAACAACAGCAGCAGCAGCAGCAACAAGGACGUAAUAUUGUUGGCAAUAUGCCAGCGUCAGCCGUUGGCGGACCGGGCAGCCAACAUUUAGUAGGCGGUGCACGUACCACCACACCGACACCGGAGCGUGCCAGUGUCUACGACAUGAACUAUGAGAUCUCUGUAUAACCCGUGGUUGUGCCGGUUGUUGUGCCACCCGCCUCGGUGUCCAUUACGGCAACGGCUGCGGCGUAUGCGCGCAAAAAGGGCGCAAGCGUUGUAGCGAGCGCGGCUGAGCCAUCGGCGUACGCAUCAGUGCCAGUUAUGGCGGCGAAUACGCCCAAUAGGCGCAAGUUCUCCACGUUCUUUUGAAGUGCAUGUGUGUGGUGGACGGUGCGCUUUAAAGGCUAUUAUUGCCAGCCAGCCAGCAAGUAACAAUACAUAUACAUACAUAUAUUUAGUAAUAAAUAGUAGAAAAGAUUGUAAAUUUAAAAAUCUUUCUUUUUCUUGGUUUUUCUUUUCUUUAAUAUACCUUUGCUUUUUGUUUUUGUUUGUUUACUUUGAAUUAAAUUCUAAUAUCGAGUCAUUUGUAUUACAAACGAAUACACAUACGACACUUAUUCCGCUACCAAAUGCAACUAUACGCAAACACAGUUCCGUAUCGCCAAAUGUAAAUAUGUAUACAACCUAAGAUACACCUCCUAAUUAAAAAAAAAAA